UCCUCUCACCCAAGCCAGCCACAGAGGAGAAGCGAGAGGGUUAGCAUGGCGGUUGACUAUGGGAGCAGGGAGGAGAGGUGGAGCCUGGCCGGCACCACCGCGCUCGUCACCGGCGGUAGCAAAGGGAUUGGGCAUGCCAUCGUGGAGGAGCUUGCCGGGUUUGGGGCGAGGGUGCACACCUGCUCCCGGAAUGGGGCGGAGCUAGAGGAGUGCCGUCGACGGUGGGAGGAGAAGAACCUGCAGGUCACCGCCUCCGUCUGUGAUGUUUCCAUACGUGCCGACAGGGAGAAGCUUAUGGAAACAGUCCGAGAAACUUUCAAUGGCAAGCUUGACAUACUAGUAAGUAUAUUAAUAAUUUUAUUGGUAUGUCUAGAGCAUAGUGAUAUAAUUAUUGCAUAUCUAAGUGACUCAAUCAAACUAGAAAGAAAGAAAAAAGCUAAUGAAAAUGUUUACACGAAUCUUCACGUAUAA